UUGAGCACUGCGGCUCCAUCAACAGUAAUAUCUCUCUCUGUGAGGGAUGUUUCUUAUUAAUCAGGGGCACUGAAUGGAAACCAAUCAGAUAGAGAGUCCCUUUGGCUCCGGCUCCCUGCCUGCCUGAGUUAGAAGUGAUGCUGAGAGACAAGGAGCCCUAGUUAGGUGCAAGUACAUACAGCAGUGGAGAUACUGUAAUAGGCAGAGGAGAAAAAGCAGACAGAGAAGCAUUACUGGGCAAAGCUAGGUUCACAUUGGAAAAUAAGGUCCUUUAAAAGUGGAAUACAACACUUAAAAACAUUUACUGUGGUGAAAUAGGAGAGAAGUUCAACAUAACAGCCUCUUUGGUGAAGCUGCAAACAAUGAGGACUUACUACUGCUUGGCAAUUUUGAUCUGGAAUUGUAUGCUUCAUGUGGUGCAAUUGACACCAUCCCCAAAAAGGACUAACAAAUAUUUGCAUCCUGAAAGGAUAAUGGGGCUAUCACAGGAUGCUGGGAAAACACUGCACCGCACUAAACGUGGCUGGAUGUGGAAUCAGUUUUUCUUGCUGGAGGAGUACACGGGUCCAGAUACCCAGUAUGUAGGCAAGCUACACACUGACCAAGAUAAAGGAGAUGGAAAUUUAAAAUACAUAUUAACAGGAGAUGGGGCUGGCAGUCUAUUCGUUAUAGAUGAAAAUACAGGAGAUAUUCAUGCUGCAAAGAAACUGGACCGGGAAGAAAAGUCCCUGUAUGUGCUACGUGCCAAGGCUAUUGACAGAAAGACUGGAAGACAAGUGGAGCCGGAAUCUGAAUUUAUCAUUAAAAUCCAUGAUAUCAAUGACAAUGAACCCAAAUUUACAAAGGACAUUUACACUGCCAGUGUUCCUGAAAUGUCUGGAGUUGGUACUUCUGUUAUCCAAGUGACAGCAACAGAUGCUGAUGAUGCAAACUAUGGAAACAGUGCCAAAGUUGUGUACAGUAUCCUCCAGGGACAGCCAUAUUUCUCUGUGGACCCAGAGACAGGCAUAAUCAAAACUGCUUUGCCAGACAUGAGCAGAGAAAACAGGGAGCAGUACCAAGUGGUAAUCCAGGCCAAGGACAUGGGAGGCCAAAUGGGAGGAUUAUCAGGGACCACCACAGUGAACAUCACACUGACUGAUGUCAACGACAAUCCACCUCGAUUCCCCCAGAGCACGUACCAAUUCAGCUCUCCUGAGUCUGCACCGCUUGGGACUCCUCUUGGAAGAAUAAAAGCCAAUGACCCCGAUGUGGGUGAAAAUGCUGAGAUUGAGUACAGCAUCUCUAAUGGGGAUGGAUCAGAUGUGUUUGAUAUCAUCACUGACAAGGACACACAGGAAGGGAUUAUAACUGUCAAAAAGCAGUUGGAUUUUGAAAACAAGAUGCUUUACACCUUAAGAGUGGAGGCAGCCAAUAGUCAUCCUGACCCACGCUUUUUGCAGCUGGGACCAUUCAAGGAUACAGCCCUGGUCAAAAUUUCUGUGGAAGAUAUAGACGAACCACCAGUGUUCAGUAGAGCCUCCUAUUUAAUUGAAGUAGAUGAAGAUGCCAAGGAGGGAAGCAUUAUUGGGCAAGUGAUAGCUCAAGAUCCAGACACCACAAAGAACGCAAUAAAAUAUUCUGUGGAUCGACACACUGACCUUGACAGAAUAUUCAAUAUCCACUCAGGAAAUGGAUCCAUAUUCAUCUCAAAGUCACUAGACCGGGAGGAAACUCCAUGGCACAACAUCACUGUUAUAGCAACUGAAAUUAAUAAUCCUAAGCAAAGCAGCCAAAUAUCUGUUUUCAUCAGGAUUUUAGACAUAAAUGACCAUGCACCAGAAUUUGCCAAAUACUAUGAAACAUUUGUUUGUGAAAAUGCAAAGGCAGGACAGCUGAUACAGACUGUUAGUGCAAUGGACAAAGACGAGCCUCCUCAAGGACACAAAUUUUUUUUUGAGUUGGUGCCAGAAUUUGCAGUUCAUCCAAACUUCUCUAUUGUAGACAACAAAGAUAACACAGCAGGGAUAAUGACUAGAAGAAAUGGAUACAGCCGUAGUAAAAUGAGUACCUAUCUCCUGCCAAUCAUAAUAUUUGACAAUGAUUACCCAAUCCAGAGCAGCACGGGCACACUGACAAUUCGAGUGUGUGCCUGUGAUAGCCGGGGAAAUAUGCAGUCCUGUAAUGCUGAAGCCUUGCUUCUUUCAGCAGGCCUCAGCACAGGUGCUCUAAUUGCCAUUCUCCUCUGCAUCAUUAUACUGCUAGUUUUAGUUGUGCUGUUUGCAGCGCUGAAGAGGCAGAGAAAAAAAGAACCCUUGAUCAUCUCAAAAGAUGAUGUCCGGGAUAACAUUGUGACCUACAAUGAUGAAGGAGGUGGGGAAGAGGAUACUCAAGCUUUUGACAUUGGCACUCUGAGGAAUCCAGAAGCUAGGGAGGAAAGUAAGAUGAGAAGAGAUGUUAUUCCAGAAACUAUAUUUCAGAUAAGGAGGACUGCACCCCUGUGGGAGAAUAUUGAUGUCCAAGAUUUUAUUCAUAGAAGGCUAAAGGAAAAUGAUAUAGACCCAACUGCACCUCCUUAUGAUUCAUUGGCAACGUAUGCCUAUGAAGGAAAUGAUUCUAUUGCAAAUUCACUUAGUUCACUUGAAUCACUCACUACGGAAGGGAACCAAGAUUAUGAUUACUUGAGUGACUGGGGACCUCGAUUUAAAAAACUAGCAGAUAUGUAUGGUGGAGAUGACAGUGACCGAGACUGAAGAAGUAAUCUGUGACUUGGUCAGUGUUAGUGGAAGUAAUGUCUAUGUUACUAGAUAAAAAGUGGCCUACUCUCUCUUACUUGGAAAAAAUACAAAAAAUAGGUGUUGUCUUAGUAAGGGUUUGGUUAAUCAAUAAGUCAACGUGAAUGAAUACGAAUGGUUUAGAUGCAUAUAAGUUUAAAACAAAAAGCUAUGCCCUCUCUGCCUAAUAUCCUCCGACGGAAGGUUCUCAUUGGCAACAAGAAGAAACAUAAAAGGCUUUUUGUGCCUUUAUUACUGAGAUGGAAAACUCAAAUUUCUCUUUUCAUUUUUUAAUUGCUUUGCGUCACUUUUAUUAUUAGCUGGGACACUGCAUACCCACCUUGUAAUAUAAUCUGAAAAAAAUAUUCCUAUAAAUGAAUCAAUAUAACUGCCAUAUUUAUUGAGUUGAAGAAUGUCUGUGCAUCGAAUCAUCCUGA